AAAAAAAAAAAAAAGAGCGUCAGACAUGGAUGACCCACUCACAAAAUGGCUCCACUUAGGCGGUAGCAUCAACAGCGGCACUCCCGACGGGUUGCACGUGCACGAUUAUUUUUUUUUAGGAUGGCGCAUGAGUUAUGAGUUAAACCGUGUUACUCUGGACUGUCUGUGAAAGAGAGAGAGAACGCCCACCCACCAAAAAAAAAAAAAAAAUAAAAAAUGAUGGAAAAAAGGCAGCCGGACCUUUCUCGGAGUCCAGAUGCAGAGUCCGGUCAUGGAAAGCCUGAGGACUCCUCCAUCAUCACCAUCAGACGGGAGGAAGAGGAGGAGGAGGAGGAGCAGGUGAUGAUGAAGAGAAGGAGGAGGAGGAAGAAUGGAGAAGAGGAGGUAGAGAAGGAGAAGGAGGAGGAAGGGGGAGGUCUCUCCGAGGAGACGGAUGCCGCGCCCCUGCAGAACUCGACGAAGGGGAGCGUCAUCGUCAUCAACGGCGUUGCCAAGGAAACCGCCUCUCGCGACGCCCUUGACCCGAAAAGGGAAGUGCCGGUGAUCGAGCUCUCCAGGAGGGACGCUAUAAAGGCGCUGGAGCGCAGGGCGGACAGCCAUUUGGUGCCCAUCACGGAGCUCCGCAGACCUCCUCUCCUAUCUCCCACUCUUCCUCACCCUCCUCUUCCUCCACCUCCUCCUCCUCCUCUUCCUCCUCCACUGCCGCACACCCAACGAGACGACGCUCGAAUGGUCCAGCUGAGCCCCAACGCGUUCCCUGUCCCGGCCCGGGCCAUGCUCUACAACCUGGCGCAGCCUCUCGCCGCCAUCAACAGUCUUGGAGGGGAUUCUGAGCAGUACAGCAUGUACCCCAGCAACAGGGUAAAACGCCGCCCGGCGCCUUAUGAGGUUGAACUCGACGAGGGUAGGCGCAUUUUAGAUCUUUAUAAGUAUGCGGGUCAGCCAAAGAUUGUCCGGCGUAUCUUCACCAACAGCCGCGAGCGUUGGCGGCAGCAGAACGUGAACGGCGCCUUCGCAGAGCUCCGGAAACUCAUCCCAACGCACCCUCCGGACAAAAAGCUGAGCAAGAACGAGAUCCUGCGUCUGGCCAUGAAGUACAUCAGCUUCCUCUCCAACCUCCUGGAGGACCAGGACGGGGGGCGCAAUGUUGGCGCCACAACUGAGGGAGACUCCGGGAUCUUGGUCGGGGCCCACGAGGGGGUGCCCCAGGUCGGGCCGCGUCAGGAUACUGUGGUAGGCCUGGCCAGAGACGACCUCCUGGAGACGAUGUCGCCCGGAUCGAGCUGCGGAAGCUUGCCCGACGGAGACGCCGAGGGCAGCCCGGAGAGCUUCGUGGAGGAUCAGGACUCGCCUCCGGCUCAGAGGACUAUCACCGCUUCACGCGGCCCCGUGCUCCAUCUCAGGCGCAAUGGACGCCCGCUGGAUGGCUCCGGCCGACGAUGAUACUGGCGCCAAAAGAGUGGAAAAAGCAACAAGCGAGACUUGAACAGACUGAAAGAGAGCCCGCUUAGUCCUCCGGGUCACUUGUGAUGGAGAACGUAGCUCUGCAAUCUGAGACAACAUGGACCUGACUACCUACC